GGGAGGUGGCCUGGUGUCUCCCCACCCCCGCCUCCCCCAGCGCCUGCGGAGCCGCGACCACAGACAGCGCGGCGCGGCGAGCAUGGCAGGAGUGGGGGCCGCUCUGCUGCCGCUCCUCCUGCAGUUGGGGAGCCUGGCGCGGGCCCCGGGGCCGAACGGAGGUCAUGCGGUCCACGACCAGCAGCAGCAGGUGCCAGUCCACCCUUCAGCCCCCGCUGGGGUCCCCCCGGAGCAGAGGUGCCCCCUGGAGGAGCGGCUGGGACGGCUGGAGGCCGAGGUGGCCGAGCUCAGAGAGCAGAACAAGGACCUGCAGGCGAGGGUGAGGCAGCUGGAGUCCUGCGAGUGCCACCCGGCCCCUCCCCAGUGUUGGGGGCUGGGGGGCCCCUGGCCUGAGGGGUCUCGCUGGGAGCCUGAUGCCUGCAUGGCCUGUGUCUGCCAGGGUGGGGCCAUGCGCUGCAGUCCCAAGCCCGGCCUGCCUCACUGCCACGGCUGCAGCCACAAUGGCCAGGCCUAUGGCAACGGGGAGACUUUCUCCCCAGAUGCCUGCACCACCUGCCACUGUCUGGAAGGGACCAUGACCUGCACCCCAAAGCCAUGCCCAAAAGGACCCUGCCCCGAGCCAGGAGCAUGCUGCCCACACUGUGAGCCAGGCUGCACCAGGGGCCACAGGGCUGGGGAAACCUGGCACCCGGAGCCCUGCGUCACCUGUACCUGUCAGGCAGGAACUGUGCGGUGCCAGGGGCCCUCAUGCCCAGAGCUCAACUGCCUGGAGAGCUACACCCCACCUGGGGAGUGCUGCCCCGUCUGCCGGCCAGGCUGCGAGUACGAGGGGCAUCUUUAUGAGGAAGGGGCCGGCUUCCUGUCCAGCUCCAACCCUUGUCUGCACUGCUCCUGCCUGAGGAACCGGGUUCACUGCGUGCCCACGAUGUGCCCACCCAGCCCCUGCCCUGAGCCAGUCCUGAGGCCGGGGCACUGUUGCCCAGCCUGCCAAGGCUGCACAAAAGACGGCUCUCACUGGGAGCAUGGCCAAGAGUGGAUGCUCCCCAGGGACCCCUGCCAGAUCUGCCGGUGCCUGGAGGGCCACAUCCAGUGCCACCAGCGAGAGUGUGCCAGCCUGUGCCCCUACCCUGCCCGGCCCCUCCCGGGCACCUGCUGCCCCGUGUGUGAUGGCUGUUUCCUAGGCGGGCGGGAGUACCGCAGCGGGGAGCCGGUGGGCUCUGGGGACCCCUGCUCGCACUGCCGCUGUGCCAACGGGAGUGUCCAGUGUGAGCCUCUGCCCUGCCCACCUGUGCCCUGCAGACACCCAGGGAGGACUCCCGGGCAGUGCUGCCCAGUCUGUGACGGCUGUGAGUACCAGGGACACCAGUACCAGAGCCAGGAGACCUUCAGACUCCAAGAGAGUGACCACUGUGUCCACUGCUCCUGCCAGGCCGGCGAGGUCUCCUGUGAGGAGCAGGAGUGCCCAGUUGCCCCCUGUACCCCGCCUGGCUCGGGCCCCCAGCUCUGCUCAGCCUGUGUGCUUGAUGGAGAGGAGUUUGCCGAGGGGGUCCAGUGGGAGCCGGAUGAUCAGCCCUGCACUGCCUGCUCCUGUCAAGGCGGGGUGCCCACGUGCAGGGCUGUGUUCUGCCCCCCAGCCCCCUGCCAGCACCCCACCCAGCCCCCUGGUGCCUGCUGCCCCAGCUGCGAGAGCUGCAGCUACCACGGCCAUGUGUAUGCCAAUGGGCAGAACUUCACGGAUGGAGACCACCCUUGCCAGGCGUGCCGCUGCCAGGAUGGGACCGUGAUGUGCUCCUUGGUCGACUGCCCUCCCACGACCUGUGCCAGGCCCCAGAGCGGACCCGGCCAGUGCUGCCCUAAGUGCCCAGACUGCAUCUUGGAGAAACGGGUGUUUGUGGAUGGAGAGAGCUUCUCUCACCCCCGAGACCCCUGCCAGGAGUGCCAGUGCCAGGAAGGCCAUGCCCACUGCCAGCCCCGGGCCUGCCCCAGAGCCCCCUGUGCCCACCCACUGCCUGGCUCCUGCUGCCAGAACGACUGCAAUGGCUGUGCCUUUGGUGGGAAAGAGUACCCCAAUGGAGCCGACUUCCCCCACCCCUCGGACCCCUGCCGCCUCUGUCACUGUCUGAGCGGCAACGUGCAGUGCCUGGCCCGCCGCUGCCCACCACUGCCCUGUCCAGAGCCCGUCCUGCUGCCGGGAGAGUGCUGUCCACAGUGCCCCACCGCCGCCACCGGGUGCCCGCAGGCCGGGGACGCGCCCCCUGCCCGCCACCAGGAGCACUUCUCCCCGCCUGGAGACCCCUGCCGCCGCUGCCUCUGCCUCGACGGCACCGUGUCCUGCCAGCGGCUGCCCUGCCCACCCGCGCCCUGCGCCCACCCGCGCCAGGGAUCCUGCUGCCCGUCCUGCAACGGCUGCCUGUACCAGGGGAAGGAGUUUUCCAGUGGAGAGCACUUUCCUUCACCCACCGACCGAUGCCAUGUCUGCCUCUGCUGGGAGGGAAGUGUCAGUUGCCAGCCCAGGACCUGUGCCCCGGUGCAGUGUCCCUUCCCUGCCAGGGGUGACUGCUGCCCCGCCUGCGAUGGCUGUGAGUAUCUGGGGGAGUCCUACCUGAGCAGCCAGGAGUUCCUGGAUCCUCGAGAGCCCUGCCGCCUGUGUACCUGCCUUGGCGGCUCCGUGACCUGUGGCCGCCACCCCUGCGAGCCUCUGGGCUGCAGCCACCCACUCACCCCGCCUGGGCACUGCUGCCCCACCUGCCAGGGAUGCCUCUAUCGCGGGGUCACUGCUGCCCCUGGAGAGACCUUUCCUGACCCACUGGACCCCACCUGCUCCCUCUGCACGUGCCGGGAUGGCUCUGUUCACUGCCAGAAGAAGCCAUGUCCUCCUGCUCUCUGCCCCCACCCCUCUCCGGGACGCUGCUUCUGCCCUGUUUGCCAGAGCUGCCUCUCCGGGGGCCGGGAGCACCAGGACGGGGAGGAGUUUGAGGGACCUGCAGGGAGCUGUGAGCGGUGCCGCUGUCAGGCUGGCCAGGUCCGCUGUGUGCGGCAACAGUGCACCCCACUGCCCUGUGCACUCCAGGUCCCAGAGCCGGGGGGCUGCUGCCCUCGCUGCAGAGGCUGCCUGGCUCACGGGGAAGAGCACCCUGAAGGCAGUAGCUGGGUGCCCCCCGCCAGCCCCUGCUCCUCCUGCAUGUGCCACAAGGGUGUCGUCACCUGCGCCAGCAUCCAGUGUGUCAGCUCCUGUGCCCAGCCCCACCAGGGGCCCAGUGACUGCUGCCCUCACUGCUUUGACUGUGAGCACGAGGGCCGGAAGUAUGAGCCAGGGGAGAGCUUCCAACCCGCAGCAGACCCCUGUGAAGUGUGCAUCUGUGAGCUGCAGCCCGAGGGACCCCCCAGCCUGCGCUGUCACCGACGGCAGUGCCCCGUCCUGGUGGGCUGCCCCCCCAGCCAGCUCCUGCCCCCUGGGCCCCAACGCUGCUGCCCGACCUGUGCUCACGCGCUGAGUAACUGCACAGAGAGUCUGCUGGGGUCGGAGCUGGCCCCACCAGACCCCUGCUACACCUGCCAGUGCCAGGACCUGACCUGGCUCUGUGUUCACCGUGCCUGUCCGGAGCUCAGCUGUCCCCCGUCAGAGCGCCGUACCCCACCUGGGAGCUGCUGUCCCGAGUGCCAGGAAUGUGUUGUGGAGGCAAGGGGCCAGAGAGUGGCCGAUGGAGAGAGCUGGCGGGACCCCAGCAACGUCUGCAUCAUUUGCACCUGCCGGCGGGGCCACGUGGAGUGCCACCUCGAGGAGUGCCAGCCCCUUACCUGCCCCGAUGGCUGGGCACAGGCGCGCGAGACUGGCAGCUGCUGCCCGCGAUGCCAAGCCCCCGCCCAGUCGUGCGUGCACCAGGGCCGGGAGGUGACCUCGGGGGAGCGCUGGGCCAUGGACGCCUGCACCAGCUGCUCCUGCAUGGCUGGCACCGUUCGCUGCCAGAGCCAGCGCUGCCCGCUGCUCUCGUGUGGCUCCGACGAGGCCCCCGCCCUGAGCCCCGGAAGCUGCUGUCCCCUUUGCCUGCCCCGGCCCGCUUCCUGCAUGGCCUUCGGAGACCCCCAUUACCGCACCUUCGAUGGACGCCUGCUGCACUUCCAGGGCAGCUGCAGCUAUGUGCUGGCCAAGGACUGCCGUGGACGAGACUUCAGCGUCCACGUGACCAACGAUGACCGUGGCCGGAGCGGCGUGGCCUGGACCCAGGAGGUGACAGUGCUGGUGGGAGACGCCGCCGUGCGGCUGCUGCAGGGCGGGGCGGUCACGGUAGAUGGGCGCUCAGUGGCCUUGCCCUUCCUGAAGGAGCCGCUGCUGUACGUGGAGCUGCGGGGACGCACCGUGAUCCUGCACGCCCAGCCCGGGCUCCAGGUGCUCUGGGAUGGGCAGUCCCAGGUGGAGGUGAGCGUGCCCGGCUCCUACCGGGGCCAGACCUGUGGGCUCUGUGGGAACUUCAAUGGCUUUGCCCAGGAUGAUCUGCGGAGUCCCCAGGGGCUGCUCCUGCCCACCGAGGCUGCAUUUGGGAAUAGCUGGCAGGUCCCAGAGGGGCCGGGGCCCGGCCCCCCAUGUUUGGUGGGUCGCGAGGUGGAUCCGUGCCGGGCUGCAGGUUACCGUGCCAGGCGGGAGGCCAAUGCCCGGUGCGGGGUGUUGAAGUCGGCCCCCUUCAGUCGCUGCCAUGCUGUGGUGCCCCCAGAGCCUUUCUUUGCUGCGUGCGUGUACGACUUGUGUGCUUGUGGCCCUGGCUCCUCGGCGGAUGCCUGCCUCUGUGACGCCCUGGAAGCCUACGCCAGCCACUGUCGCCAGGCGGGGGUGACGCCUGCCUGGCGGGGCCCCACGCUCUGCGUGGUGGGCUGCCCCCUGGACCGUGGCUUUGUGUUCGAUGAGUGUGGGCCGCCCUGUCCCCGCACCUGCUUCAACCAGCACAUCCCCCUCGGGGAGCUGGCGGCCCACUGCGUGAAGCCCUGCGUUCCCGGCUGCCAGUGCCCCGCGGGGCUGGUGGAGCACGAAGCCCACUGCAUCUCACCCGAGGCCUGCCCCCCAGUCCUGCUCACCAGGGACCAGCCACCCAGGGCUCAGCCCAGCCCCAGUCAGGAGCUCCCAGGAGCAGCCUGAGCCAGGACAACACCUGGACCAAGACUCGUCAGGCUGGAAGUGUCUCCUUGGUGCUCCCUCUGGCUACCCCAGAGACCAGCUCCACUCCUGGCCAGAGCUGCGGGGAGAGUGCCCUGUGCAGGCAGUGGGAGUCUGCUUCCUGGUCCUGCAAAGAGCCCGGCAUGUUGGGUCAGAAGCAGUAAACUCUAGGCCUGCCCUGAG